AUGAUAGAGAAUGAUAGACAGGAGUGGUUCCCGAAGACGGGUACCAUUAAGAGCCGAGAGGGAACCCCGAAGAUCAGCGAUCAUGAGAUGAUUCAAGCCCCCGCUGGUUCGGACAAGGGUCACAUCUAUUACGGAGAUAAGACCCCGUGUACGCGGGGUAAUAACUUAUCGGACCGGCUGGAGACAACAUGGUAUCGUUAUGGACAAUGCAAUAAUAAUUUAAAUAUAAUCUAUCGUCUUUAUACGCUUCGCUACGAUAGCAUGUUUUCGCCGACUCCUCGUGUCUCAUUCCUUUGA